AUGCAAAUGGAAUCAUGGCGUCGACGAGGUUAUGUCCCCGAUUCCGAUUCGGACGAGGAAGAUGGCCUUGACUCGCUAGAGACGAAAAAUAGAUCCUCUUCGAAACCCUCCGACCUCGGAAACCUCGAGUAUAUCGAUCUCCCGGCGCAGGAAGGGUCGAGCAGCCAACCGAAGGAGCUCGAACAGCGAAUAGAGGAGGGCUCUGUUACGCUUUCAGAUACGGAAAAUAGGACUCGAAUACCCAGCAAAACAAACUUUGAAAUCCAGAUCCCGACGAAAAGCGCCGAUAAAGGUUCUGCGCAGAAGAGACAAUCCCUCGGAGAGUUUGCAAGUGAAGGGAUACGCUCGACAAACACCGUGUCUGACGAAACGACACCCACUCAACGAAGAGGCCAUCGAACUUAUGGUGCCCGGUCUUCUGCCGCGAAAACCAGAAAACGUCAAAGUACCCAGCUUGACAAUACCAAUAUAAACACCCCAGAGAGGGGAGGCAGCAUAUAUGACAUCCCAGCAUCAUCGCAAGAGCAAGACAAGCCCCGAGUAAAAGCAUCGAGCAAGGAAUCCACGCCGAGAGCUUCAAUUGCCCAAAGGCAGGCGAAAGCGCAAUCAAAACCGGUGUCUCCAGAGCCAAAGACCAAACAACACGAUGAAAGCUCUAGCACUCGAAGUUCCUCGCCGGACGAGUUGACGUUGAUCUCUCAGCCCACUCGGAAGAAAAGUCCCGCAAAAAACCGUUCUCAACACACAGAAGAUUCAACGUUACCCCCGCCUCUACCCCCACAAGUGAACUCGGAUGAUGACUCGCCACUAUCUUCCGUGCCGUCGUCUAUUGGAUCUCCUCCUUUAAACGACGAGCAUACGAACAAGCCAGCAGAGAACACACCAAGAGAUCCAGAAGCACUUGAAGAUGGACAUAUAGGUGUACGGGGAGCAAUCUUAUCCCAGCUAGAUGCCAACCCGAACGACGAGCUCUCUCAGAUGGAUAUUCCAGAAGAGCUGUUACAAGAACUCCCCCAAGGAACCCAACGUCGAUUUCGAAAACGCACAACAAUUCAAUUACAACCAUAUGCCUUGGAUCUUGUACAAUGGCAAGAAAACCAAAGAAGAAUGGGCCUUCCCAUUCAUCGACGGGUCCGCCAUAUCGCGGAUGAAAGCCAAGAGCAAGACUCCUAUGAUCCUGCUGCACCUUCAUCAAGCCCUCCUGCAGAGGAAUACCUUCCACCGAUCAGACAUGAUCGCCCUAGACAAGAAAGUGGACACGACAGUCACGAGCAAGCCUCAUGGCAUGCUCGAAUGACGAAGCGCCAGAAAACGUCACACGCAACCCCCAAACACAAUCCUCAACUGCACAAAAGGAUCAAACCUCGUGGCAUUCGAGAUGAUCCUCUGGCCAUUGACGAUCAAAAUGUUGACUCAAUCUUUGAUCUGACGUCCAGCCCUCCACAUACAGGUCGUCCAUCUUCGGCUUCAAGAACGCCUCGUGCCUUAGAAGAAGGCUUCCGGUUUCCUCGUGGGUGGUCACCACCAGCGGGCGUUUCAGUGCCCAAGAAUACGGAUGCAGGAGACGAUCUCGAACCAGGAGGCAUGGCAGAUAAUGACGACGAUGGAGGCAUCCAGUCGAUUCCCUCCGACAGCCAGCAGAGUGACGAAGGACAAAGCGACGAAAAUGAUUCAGAUGCCGAGACGCGGGCAAUUCAACGAGCACAGCGGCAGAUUCGAGGAGUCCUCCCUGCAUCGCAUAUGCGAAUUGAGCAGAAAAAAGCGGUGGACCAACAAAAACUUGCACAGCGAGAGAAAGAAAGACAAGCCGCACUUCAUCGACCUGAUGGCAAAGGGGUGGCGCGCAAACUUGUCCGAAGGGGCGAUCGCUCAAUGCAACCCGCAACACAGCAAUCAAGGGGCCUGUUCGAUCUUGGUGACUCUGAUGAUGACUCCGAUGACGGUAUCAGUACCCCCAAGGACACCCCCAUCACAAACACCAGAAAUCCAACUCGAGUCGGCCCCCAAGAUUCCUUCACGACUGAUGGCGAUAUCGUCGAGGACAACCGAAUUGACUACAUGUUCGCGCCAGUUGUGCGCAAGCCCACCGGCCCCCGGAAGGCAAAGAGCUUGAAGAGACCCAAAUCAAAAACCAGUGCGUUCACCGGCGAAAGAGAGCCCAAAAGACCUCGACAAACCCGGAUGACAGAUGCUUCGUAUGGAGGCCGGAGAACGAAAAAGUCGUCAACUGUUCAACGACCGAGAAUAGGCAUUCUGGAUGCCCCAGAUGUCGCUACGAAAUCUCGACGCGAACAACCACACUUCCUAAGGGUUGCUGCAAGGCAAGCCCGCUCUCGUCGAGAUGCUGGCAGGAGGAGUCCGACCCAAAAAUUCCUAAAACUAGCUUCCAGGGAUGAUACUUUAGAUGCAAACGAUUCCCUGCGAGAUUGGAAACGAGGGUCCAUUCCCCAGCGAAAAAUCGGACCACCUCGGCCGAGAAUUCGUAGUCAGUCUGCGAAAGCUUCAUCUGGGAGUCGGGCUCAAGCUCCUCGGCCCCCGCGAGCUCCUCGGACAACUCGACUGGGACCGAAUGCUAGAACGAUGCACGUAUCAAGCCAGACCUUUCAAGGACCGGUCGAUGCUUUCAUGUCACAGCGGCCUCCAGUGGACCUGAAAAAUGCUCCGCAUGAUACAAGCGCCGCACCAGCACCAGGAGCGGCAUCUACACCUGCACUUACACAUUCCAACCCAAACCGAAAUCGAAACACAAACCCCACGAUUGAAGCCCCUUCACGACAGCCAGAGAAGCGGGGCCACUUAUGGAUCAUGCCCAAUAACCGUGGCAUAGCGCCACUCGCAAGGAGUGGCCCUCGACCUGCCGGUACCAGCGCUGCGAGGCCCAGUGGAGGCCCGCGACUGUCCCGAGCUGUCCUGAGCAACUCGCUAUCUUCGAUGAACCGCCUAGGUGGACCCCAGCAUGCAUCCCAGAACUACAAGCCUAGUUUCACUUUGGAUCGAUAUCUAUCGGAUACUAGAUCCACGGGACCUGAAAUCCUUGCCCCCUCACCACAUUCUCCCGCUACAAACCCAGGGCAACAAACAUCUCAAACAACAAGUCGGAAACCACCCCAACCUCGACGGCGCAUAAAAAAACAUACUCCAACCCGUAUCAACCUUGAAACUGAUCAGUAUCAGCAAAUCAUCGAGCCUACAGCAAUCAUAUCUGAUGAUUCCGAGGCCCCGACGAUAACCCAUGUUGAAAACCGGCGUCCCGCAGCCUUCACGGCCAAUGGUCUGUCCAAUUUCCAACGUUUCUACCCAGUCGAGUUUGGAGUUACUUCCCUGCGAGAGAACACCUUCUUUCAUGAGUCUACAUUCAUCGGAAGCGGGGAGUUCUCGCGUUCUUUGCAUCUCGAAAAGCGAAACUUAGACGGGCAAGCCAGCCCUAUCUCAAUUCGUGUCCAGGAUGAGACAUUCAGUUGGGGAAGUUGGAGUGAUACGGUAUCUUCUCAAAUGGGCCAGGUCUUCGACGCAAUAAUUGAACAUGUUGAGCGAGGCGCUACUACCUCCCCAGAAGCAGGUACCGGUCCUGAUCUGGACAAUGCGUCGCGUCUCUAUAGGCUGCUCAUCAAGUAUGUCUCGGAGAGUCUGGUUUUCAUGGACCCGGUUGAUCGCACUGCCUUCAUCACUCGCGCAACGGGGCUUGUAUCUCAGGCGAGAGAUCCAUUGGCUGCAUUCUUGAGCAGUGAAGAGUACAAUACGAACGGAUUGGUCAAAAUCGCGUCCUUCAAUAUGGUCAUAUCAAACCAAAUACACCAAGUGUCUUCUCAUCGGCUGAUCAGCUCUAUGCUUGCCGCCGAAGCCUUGGAUCUCGUCAAAGCAUCCGCCAAAGAUGUCGCGGGGUUGCUUGUAACCAAAAGUGGCUCCUCUGAAUUCAAGGCGUUAUCCAAAGAGAACAACGAGACGGAGCGCCGCGACCUGGGGAUUCGGGAUGACUAUCCAUCUGUUGAAGCUUACGUUGUCAUGAAACACAUUCUACGAACGUCAGAUCAUUAUCAUGGCUGCUUCGAGGAGAUUCAGCUUGAAGCUUGCGACAGUGCUCUGAUCCGAAACGAAAGGGAUGUGGGCAGUCUGGAAUCUGGGUGGCGUGGACUUUUUGCAGCUCUGCCCUUGAAUGAGCUAGAUCCGCUGGGAAUAUCACGCCCUGGCAAUCGUUUCACAGCCACAAAUGACAACUGGAAGUUAGCUAAACGGCUUCUAGCUCCUGCUUUGGAUCAUUUCGAGGCCAGCUCUGUUGCGCAGCCUAUCUCAUACAACAACUAUUGCCGAGUUCUUUUCCACAGAUGUCAUCGCCUCAUCAACCAUUGGGGAUGGCGAGAAUGCAAACCUGCCUUGGACACGCUCUUCGACUUCUUCGCCAAAAACACCCUGCACAAUCUGAAAUUAGAGGAAGCUAAUGGCUCACCGUCAUUCCUCGACGAACUCGACAGCAACCCGUCCCUCGAAGCCCGAACAGGGGAACCCUGCUUCCAUACUUUUCUGAAAAUUGUAGCAAGUGGGCUACGAUUUUUGACAAAAAGAUAUGAUAAAAAGAAAAUCCGAAAUUUCGCCUGGCGUCUGUUACCAAAUCAUGGGCGCGUGUACCCGAAAGAGCAGCCAUUGCAUCGUGAGGACCUCGACGCGCUCCGCAACCACCAUGACCUUCUCAGUACCUUGUAUUGGGCCGUUCCUGAUGGCUGUCGUCCUCGACUGGAGACUAUUCGCAAUUUAGUCCACCCCGCCACGUCACAUCGCGAAGCAUGCAGCAUCAGUCUACGCUCCUGGUCGAGACUAGUACGAUUCAAACUUUCCACUGACGAGGAGCUUUCGGGGCUGGAUCCGUUUGGGGACUGGUAUGGCUACUUCGUGUCCGAACUACAGCAGCAACACUCAUAUGCUCGCAAAGAAAUCGAGUCCCAAAAUACAGGUGACAACCGAGUCUCUCAACAACUUGUUGAACGCACAAUCUCCCAGAAUCAGAGACAAAUCGAGGAGCUGCUGAGCGUGGCACUUUCUGGGUUGCGGACUGCGGUGCAACUCGCCCCAACAUUGGCGCAUGCACACAAACUGCUUGUUAAAACUCCGUUUGAGACAAUCAUUGCUCUAUUCAACCCUAAGCUUCCGCGUGUCAAUUCCGUUGUAGCGGAGGCUUUGCAGGUGGUAGUUGCGUACACGCGAAAAGACACUGCUGCUUCAUCGAUUGAGGCUCCUGUGGCAGUGCCAGUUGACGAGGAUAGCCAAGAGUUCGGUGACUGGGAUGCCAUUGAGGCGGUUUACGACCAACAAACUCCUCCCAGUGAGGGCAUUGAGUUCGCAGCCAAUGUUUUUCAUCCUAUUAUCUCCCGUCUGGUGUCGAAUUGUUUUGGUGAGGAUCAUUGUCCCGAGGAUGCAAUACUUCUCAAUGUUUUGGAAUGUUGGACCUCACUCGCUUGUGUUCUCGUGCGCCAUGGACUCCGGACCUGGGAUAGUUACUUGAGCGAGUAUGGCAAUGAUUCGUGGACACAACUUCGAAAGACUGCCCAGACAAGGAAAUUCGCACCUCUGUUCCUUGCGGCGUGUAUCGAAAAGGACGCAAGGAUCAUUUCUGACUGCCGAGUCGAAGCAAUGAGUUUAUGGAUGUCCUCGUUGGUUGAACGGGCUUCAAUGCUGAAGUUUCAACAUCGUCUUGCCGAGGCCUUUUUGAAUCAAGUCCCCGAAGAUGUCUUGCUGGGCAAUCUUCCUUUCUACAAGGACAAGAAGAUUGACCGGUAUGCGAUCACACUAGAGGAUAUCAAUUCCCGACGACUGUCCCUUCUUUCCAGCCUUUUGUCCAACAUGCGUGAAAACUUACAAGAAAUGGAGCUGUCAGGGAGCCCUGAUUUCUCCACGACAAAACAAGAGUACUCAGAGGUUGUUCAGCGUGUGAUGAACGCCAUGAAAGAUAACUACCAGGAGCUAGGGAACGGAACUACGCAAGCUGCACAAGGAGCCUAUGUUGAUUUCGUACACAGCGUGAUCGGUUUCUUGCAGCAACACACUAGCGACAUGAGGCCCAUCGACCCCUUCUUCACAAACCCUGCUUCAUUCCCCCUGCCAUCUCAAGAUCCACGCUACAUCGUUGCAAAGCUAAAACGAUACGAGCCGAAGUUGUACUCUAGCAAAGAGGUCAUGACACUUGUCGGGUUUAUACAGAGCAUUUCUGAACGUGCCACCAUCGAUAGCCAGCAAAGCUACCUGAUUGACCAGCUCUAUACCUCGAUGAAGAACACCUAUGAAUCGGGAACACCUGCAAAGCCCACCCUCCGUGCAGUUUUACUGCAGUGCGUAUUUCCAGCGUAUCUUGAAUCGACAUUCGAGAAUCCAGCUGCCUGGAUCCCCAGCCAUCCCAUCAUCCAGACAAUCACGCUGGGAUUCAAGAAGUUGCUUUGCAAUCUCGACACUUUCGACUCAGCCUGCGUAUCGUCCGUCAUUGAUAUGAUCGAUGUUGUGUGUCGGGCCUCCUGCCAAGCGUUGAACACCAUUUCGUCUCAUCGUGAUCGCCUAAAAGCCCCAGCAACUGUGUUCAUGAUCAGCGCAUUUGUUGACAUGAUUUGCUCGGUUUUGCCAAUAAUCGAUUACAUUGAGCGCGCAACCGAGACGGGUGGAGACCUGUUCAGACAUGUCAAGUGGAUCAACGACUUCAUCAAGUCCGUGACAGAAUGUCUUGAAUUGGCAAACCCAGAUAUUGAUUGCACCGCAGACAUCAGCUAUGUCGCGUUCCCUGGCCAGCCAAGUCCCUCAAAUGGAAGGAAAACCGAACUUUUUGGCACAGCCCACCGUCUCGCCUCAGCUGAUUUGCAACCAUAUCUUAGCAGGCUGUCAAGUCACCAGGGGAAGUAUUACUUUACGCGUCCUGGCCAUGAGUCGCAGGAAGUCACAAUCGAGGCUCAGAUUGCCACUGCCAUGACUCAGUAUAGUGAAGCCCAACAGGCAUUUGAAGAUGCCGCGAGGGGCUUCGCUCGUCGAGCAGUGAGUCUGGAGCUUGUAUGA